UACGAAUAGUUGUCAGAACAAUCAAUUUCUUAUCACGAUGUGGACGUUCUGCGUAAUAAUGCUGGCAAGCGCCAGUUAUGUGUCGGAAGGCUCUCCCUCAUCAAGCACGCCUUCAUUUAGAAUGCUGUUUGACCUGUCGCCGGCGGGCAUCAGUGAUGCGAACACUUUCGUGGACAACAUCUUCAAGGAUAAUCAGCCACCACGCGUGAGGGGAUCACCACGGCUUUACCCCUACGCGACCAUUGGGGACUUCAUUUUCACGGUACCCAAGAACCGGAUAACCAAUCGGGACUUGACUGUGAACAUGACACGUGGUGAAGUCCGAGGACUGGACACUGCUCUGCGGCGUAAAGGGGACUGUGAGGUUCCUUUCUUUCACAAUGGGCGAACUGUCGUCUCUUGCGACCUUGUCAUACAGGGACUCAACAUUACGUUCACUUCGCUGGUAAAAGGAGACUCCCUGAUGGCUAGUUGGAAGACAAUUUGGGUGAACGUCGAUGUGGCGGACAGCAAUGUUCAUUUCGAAGCCAUCAUUCCUGUCGGCCCGGGCAUCGGAAUUCUCCGUGCAUUUCAUAUUGUGGACAUUAUGCUCGACGUCACGUACGACAACAACCUCAGCCUCAACAAGGGUCGCAGUGAGAAGUUCAAGGAAGAAAUCGCGACUAAAGUUGAGAAAGAGCUACGGCGCAUUUUCUUUGAGUACAAGUCGCUUCUCCCCCGUUCUGUAGAGCUGUACAGGAACCCCCUCUAUUAAUAAGUACAAUAUGUGAGAUCACUGCAGUGACCGCAGUGACCUUGGCUCAGUGUCACGAUGAAGUGACAAGGUAUUUCAAGCGUAACCACUCCUUAUUGGUUUUCUAUUCGAAACGCUCCUAUUAGUCACUGCACUAAAUUUUUACUAUUACCUGUACCAUUAUUCGCUUUACUCAGUAAUAUCAAAUACAUCUUAUGGCUUAUGCGAAAAGAACACCUUUAGUGACGAUUCUGUAACACUACAGUGGUUCCAGAACAAGCAACACGUUCCAGAAAUAAAGAAACUAUCCAUGAAUA